AUGCGCGUGCCCGUCUCCGGCGGUGCCGUCGAGUCCGGCGUGCGCCCCGAGGAGUCCAACCCUUGGGGCCGCGGCUCGUCGGGCUCCUACGCCGCGCGAUGGGGCGCGUGCGCGUGGCCCCUGCGCAAGGAGGAUCCGGGGAGCAGGUCGGAGGAGGCGGUGUGCGUGUGGGGCGGCGCGCCGUGCGCGGACGAGCGCGAGAUCCUUCUCCUGCCCGUGGAUCCCAACGGAAAGCGCCGGAGGAUCCAGUCCACGGGGGAGCAUCCGCGCGCGCGCGAGUCCGCGGGCGUCGCGGCGGUGAAGCGCGGCGCGUCCGUGGCGCACGUCGUCUACGGGGGCUUCGCGCAGGACGCCGCCGCCGCCUCCGCCACCUCGGACCCGCCCGGCGCCGAGGGCGAACCCCUGGGCGACGCCUUCCUCAUCGACGGGAACAUGCGAUGGCGCGCGCUCGUGCCCUUCGGGGGCGUCGCACCGCCCCCCCGCGGCGGCCACGCGCUCGUCCCCAUCGCAUCCAACAAGGCAUUCGUCUUCGGAGGCCGCGGCUCGGACGGCGCGCACCUCGGCGACGCGUGGAUCCUCGAGCUGCACUCCACCGCGUCGGUGGCGGCCGGGUGGAGCGGUAAGAACGUCGACGCGCGCUGGGAGCAGUCGCCGGUUCGAGACCGCGACGCGCCGGCGCCCCAACCUCGAGAAGCCGCCGGAGCCGCGUACGUGGCUCCGUCAAAAUCUGCGGGUGAAAACGCGCGGUGGACGUCCAUUGGCAACAUGGUCCGCCAGCUGGACCCAAAGUCGCGAACCCCCGGCGGCACCCCCUCGGCACCCCCCUCGGCACCCCCCUCCGGCGACGGCGACGGCGACGAUGCGGGCGACGGUGACAAGGGCGAUAAGUCGUACGGGGGUAAGCGCGGCGAGGUUUGGAUCUUCGGCGGGUGCGACGAGAGCGGCGUGCUCGACGACGUGUGGCGGUACGACGUGGACACGUGCGCGUGGCACCCGACGCGUCGCCCGACCGGGACGACGAAGCGCGGGCAGGCUGGCGGCGGACGGGGUGUGAGCAAGGCGGCGGCGGCGGCGGGCGCCGAGAAGAAGAACGUCGCGUGGCCCCCCGGUAGGUUCGGACACGCCGUCGUCGUCGUCCCCGCGCGCGAGCUGGACCCAACCGCCGCCGCGCGCCUUCACGUCGCCGACGAGAGCCCGUGCGCGGUGAUCCACGGCGGGUGCGGCGCGGGCGGUGAGGUGCUGAACGACGUCUGGGCGUUUUCGUUUGAGCGCGAGCGAUGGACGCGGCUCUCCGGCGACUCACCGGAGACUUCCGGGGAGUUUGAUCGUGCGCGCGAGGUCAGCCGGGGAUCCAAGUGGACCGACGCGCCCGGACGGUGCGCGCACGGAUGCGUGUACGUCGCCGGCGCCCUGCGACUCUUCGGGGGAAUCGCGUCGGGGACACAGCUGGCGAGCGUCCACGAGUCGGUCAACGUGUACCUCAGCGCGACAGCCGCGGAGCGCGCUCGCGAUCGCGGCGCCGUCUUUUCAAAGUCGGGCGACAAACCCCUCGCGGACGCGGAAAACCCGGCACUGUCGCCGCCGGAUCCCCCGCCUCCCGCCGCCGCCCGCGGCAGGACGCUGGCCGGCCUCGACCCGCCCCCGGCCGAUACCCUCAACGCGUCGCUGGACAUAAACACCGAGGACGGCGGCGACCAAGGCGCGAGGCUCACCGCGCUGAAGGGUCUGCGUUGGAUCGACGGCGAGUCGGGACGGAAGAAGAGGAAGGAGGAGACGCCCGCGUCGCCGCCAGCCGGAGCCGACGUGGACACCGGAGCUGACGUGGCCGCUGACGUGGCCGCUGACGUGGAUGCCGAAGCCGAAGCCGCGGACGCUAAGACGCCGUCUCCCGACGCGUCCACCGACUUUGAGUUUGGCGGGGAGGGCGAUGUCGACGUUGGGGUGGAUAAAUAUCGCGACGAGAUCGGCGCGGCGAUGGCGCACAUCGCCGCCACCGGGCGCCUCAAAUCGUCCAAGAGACGCGCUCCUCCUCAUUCCGAAGAGGGCUCGCCGAUUGCCAAGCCGACGACGUCGGCGCGGACGGAGGACCUACCGCCGACGGUGAUCAAGCCCCGACGGAACCGCGCACUCGGUACCGGGGACGUCGAGGUCCCCGCCGCCGUCGCCGAGGAAGAGGAAUCGCCGGACUCUGCGCUCCCCGAGGAGGCUGCGCUCGGGCCGUCGCGAGGCGGUCGGGGCGGCGGGAGGGGGGCCGGCGGAAGGGGAGGACGGGCCGGGGGUAGGGGAGGACGGGGCCGCGGUCGCGGCGCCAAGCCCGCGGGCGACGCGCCGGUUCCCGAGGCGCACUGGCUCGCGCCGGACGCCGUCAAGCCCAUCGCCGCGCCGGGCGUGCGGGUCGUCUCCGAGGGGUCCAUGAGCGACGAAGACUCGCGCGACUCGGAGAACAAAGACGACAAAGGCGACGGCGACUCGGAGAACGCCAGGGCGCUCGAGAAGGCGCGGGAGGCCGAGGCGAAGGCUGCCGCGGCCGCGGAGCGCGCGGCGCGGCUCAAGGAGGAAGCCGCGCGCGCGGCGGCCGAGGCGGCGGCGGCGGCGGCGGGCGACGACGACGACGACGACGAUGACGAGGAUGAUUUCCGCGUCGUUCAAAAAGGUUCCGGAACCGAACCGCCCGUUCACCUCGACGACACGCACGUCAACGGCAGCCGCGGAUCCAAGGGGAAGCACCGGUGGUCCGCCGUGUCCGUCGGUCCCACGCCCCCGUCGCUCAAGGGGCGGUUCCAGGAAGCCGGAGCCGCGUGGGCGUCAGCGGGACUCGAGGUGAUAAAGGACACCCCGCCGGUCAGUGAUCAAGGACACCCCACGGGCGUCGGCGCCGGUAAGACCCCGGAGGAGAAGGUGGCCGAGGCGGAGGACGACCAGGAGCUGAACACGCACGCAUACGACCUGUUCUGCGUGUGGCGUCGCAUGUCCCGGGACGACGAGGAGAGCGACGACGCCAUCACGGCGGCUUGGGACGCGAUGGAUCCCGAGCUCAAGCUCCACUUUUUCGAGCAGGCGAGGAUCGCGAGGUCCGGCGGCGAGGCCGACGUCGACGUGACCCUUCACGUCGUCCGAAAGGAGCUGGAGAGCACCGCGGACCCCGACACGGACGAGGCGGCGCGCGCCGCCGCGCUCGCCGCCGGCAAGACGCCCCACACGGCCACGCGAGUUCUCCGCUUUGACGCCGAGCACGAGGGUCCCGGCACGGAAGGGGAGGACGGCGGGAUAGACGAGGCGGGUCUGGCGGCGGCCAUCAUGGACGUCGACCACUCGCGCAAGGCGCUGGCCACCCCGGAAGAGGACAGGCAGCGUUUGGAGGACGACGCGGAGCGCCCGCCGGCUGUGUCCAACGCUCAAACGAAGCCCCAACGGACGGGUUUGGGCGUCGACGUCGACGGUUCGCUGCUUGGGAAAAAGUUUGAAGACGGCGAAAUCACCGGCGGCUUCGAGGCGGGUUACUUUCUCAGCUGCGUCGUGGACGGCGUGCGGUGCCGCGGCGUGCUCUUCUCCCCGGUCCUCGCGCUGCAGAAGUGCGCCGGGGACGGCACCCCGGUCGUCGUCCUCCCGAGCUACUGCGAUCCAGGGAGGAUGGUGUACGACGGGGCGCUGCAGAGCGUGGUAUUCGCGGAUGACGAGGGUCGGACAAAAGAGGUUUGGGGCAAAGAUUACGUAAACCCGCAACACCCGGGAGAUAAGACGGUCAAGGGCAGGGCGGCGCAGGUGGUGGACGGGGGCAAGCAGCCGCAUCCCGCGCCGCCCGGCGCCGACGAGCGCGAGCGGAAGCGGGAUCGGGAGGGGGUGGGGGAUCUGGCGGACGGCGGGGUCGGGGCGGAGGGUCGGGUGAAGCGAUCGGCGAAGGAGAGCGCGGACGGAUCCGCGCCGUCCGCGCCCGCGCCCGCGCCCGUCGCGGCGUCCCCCGCGGAACCCGCGCCGGAACCGGGUAGCCGCCAGCCGGAGAAGCGCGGGCGCGGACGGCCGAAGGGUUCCAAGAACAAGACCCCCGGCGAGAAGGCGGAAAAGGCUAAAGUCGCGAAGACGCCCCGCGAAAAACACGCCGCGGACGGAGCGCCGACGAAGCGGGGACCCGGCCGGCCGCCCAAGAUCUCGCAACCGACCCCUCCCAAACCGGACGAGGGAGCGAACGCGCUCGUCGACCCCCUGUCGCCCGACGCCGCGGCACCCUCGGCACCCUCGGCACCCGCGCCGGCUGAUACCGGCGGCAAGCGACCCCGCGGCAGGCCGAAGGGCUCGGGCGCCAAGGGCAAGGCACCCGGCGCGAAGCGCGCGAGGCUCACCGACGGCGCGCUCCAGAACGUGCUGAACCUGACGGCGGGAGUCGUGGAGGACAUCGGCGCCGUUGUCGGGGAUCUCAGUUCGGACGACGACGACGACGUUCCCAUCGCGGCCAUGGUCCCGUCGGCUACGAAGAGUGCCGCCUCCCCCGCGGUGCCGACGGUGCCGACGGUGGAUGGCGUUCCCGUGAAGCGGCCGCGGGGCAGGCCGAAGGGGUACAGGCCCAGCCUCAUGAAGAAGAAGCCGCCGCCGCCGCCCGCCCCGGCUUCGCCGUUGGAGGCGCAAGACGACGAGGUCGACUUUGAGGUUGACGGAGACGACGACGACGAGCCCAUCUUGAGACCGAGCGGCACCCUGGACGACGUCGUCGAGAGGACGCCGGUGAAGCGAAAGCCGGGACGGCCCAAGCAGUCCCGCGCUAAGGGUUCGCUGGAUCACUUCGCUUCCUCGGAAGCGACGAGGCAGUUUGCCAUGGCGCAGGACGCGUUCGACGCCAAGACGGGCGAGCUCGCGAGCAUCCGCGACGACCCCGAGGCUGUCAAGGCCAGGGCGAGCGACGGCGCGCUCGUCCUCGUCACGCGCGUCGCCGGAUACGUCCGCUCGUGGGCGAUACCCCUGGCGGAGGCGGAGGAGAUCGUCCGCACGGGAGACAGACCGACGGUGCCCGAGCUGUGCGGCGUGCGACUCGCCGUGCGCCGCGAUAACCCGGGCGAGUGCGAGAAUCCCUUCGCAGGGUACCUCAUGGCGCAGCCGCACACCGGCUUACCCCCCGCGCAGUACAUGCACGGCCACCAGAAGAAGCUCGCGGACGUCGUCGACCUGCCAAGCGUGGGUCCCAUCACGGUGGUGCGUCGAGACCUCGGCUCCUUCGGCGCCCCCGACAUGCAAGCGCUCUACGCCCUCAUGCACGAGAUCGUCGACGCGUACGGCGACAAGGGCAAGGCUGGGGACGAGUCCGCGCGCGCGCGGAUGUGCGUCAGCGAGUUUCAGAUAUACCGCGCGCUCAGACCGACGGGGCUGGACACGCAGGACGUUCACCCGCCGCCGCACCUACUUCGACCGAGGGUACGUCUCAAGGGACUGAAGAGCGCGCCCGCGCUCAACGGACUGUGCGGAUACCGCGACGCGUACGACGACGUCAAGCGGCGAUGGCACGUGUACCUCGACGGCAAGACGGGCCUGGACAAGCCGCUGGGGAUCAGAGCCGAGAACCUGGAAAUCUUCUCGGAUAAAAUCGAAGCGUGCGCCAAGACGUGCGCAAACGCGGUGGAGGAUCUUCUCGUCGCUGGCCGGCGCAGGUGCGAACGCGAGGGGAAAGAGUGGAUCAGUGAGGAGGAGGUGAGUUGGGCGGCGUUCAGUGGGGUGUUUCCCGCGGUUCCGCCGCCGCAGUGA